CAAGCACACAAUUCAAGUAUACACCAGUCUUUCUCAAAAGUGAAAUGAAAACUUGUGAGGUUUAUGGAAAAAUGAAGAUGUAGCUCGAGAUACAUUGUAAUCCAUGUAGAUCCUUUUACGGAACAAACGUCACCCAUAUUAUCCAUUAAGUUAAAUUUCGGCAUGGCUAAUUCUGCCGGCGGGCAUACAAGUAAUUUUGACGAAAACGGGUCUGAUAUCAGUCAUUUUGAGCCCGAUUCAAACGAAAUGUUUAAAACAGAGACGGCAAACAUUGUAAGACAGUUCGUUUAUGAUCGUUUUGAGGAAGAAAACGAAGUAUCAAACUUAUCGCAUCAAGAUGAGAUCCCGGUUGUUGCGACAGCUCGACCGGACGCUUUAGAAGAGCUGCGAAGUGUUCGCCAAGAAAACGACCCUGACUCGAUGGCCGUACGAGUGAGUCGAAGGCUUCGGAAUAUAGGAGAUGAGAUUCAAAAUAAAUACCAUGACGAUUUUCAAAUCAUGAUCAAUCAGCUAAAUCUGACAAAUCCAGCCAGUGCGUACGAAGGUUUCGCUGAAGUGGCAGGAAGACUUUUCAAUGGCAUUACUUGGCCUCGAAUCGUGGCCUUAUUAUGUUUCGGCUACGAGAUUACGAAACACGUAUUAAGAAACGGACUUGCUGGCUCGUACAUGAGAAAAUUAUUUCAUUCAAUAGUCGAUUUUAUUGUAAACGGAGGAAUUGCAAAUUGGAUUGACCAUAAUGGUGGUUGGGUCACAUGGAUUUCUCGAGAAUUUCCAACUUAAUGAACCAAGUUGGUCAACUGUGGCCACCGUCCUUGUCUCUGGGAUUUUAUGUGUUUUAUGGGUGCUUCACACUGAUCGAAAAUGAAAAAAAUUCUUAGCAAAACAAAAAGCAAUGACUUCACUGAAACAAGCACCUUGUUAAUGAGUCACUAAAAACUACCUGGAACACCAUAUUAAUAGUGGCACGAAAUAAAUUAGUAUUUAAUUACUUUUAACAAAACAAUGUGUAUCAUUUUAAUUAUAACUUUCAAAGUAUAAGCUUAUAUGCUUGCUGUGCUAUAUUUUUUCUGUAAGUAAUUUCGAUAAUUAGAAUUUAGAAGUGUUUUCUGUUGUUACCUUUUGUAGUUAUAAUUCACAAACGUAAUUCAAAAUUACAGUUAAUCUUAGCUUGCUUUACCAUGGACAAAUGUUUUAAACUGCAGGUUUUGUAUUUAAUUUUAUAAAUAUUGUAUGAGGUUUCAAAUAAAUUUGCAGACAUGUUGAA